UUAUAGCAAAUUUUUCGUGCCCCUUAAAAAAAAUGUCUUUACCAUUUGUAAAGUGUCAAAAGGAAACUGAAAGUGAAAUUCUCAACUUUGGUAUAAAAGCUGGUCCUUGAGCAAACUUUCAAGAGCACCUCAAAUAUCACCAUGGCUCUGUGCAAAGAACUCAGCCCUGGAGACCUGAUUGAGAUUUUCCGCAUUGGCUAUGAGCACUGGGCCAUCUACGUGGGAAAUGGUUACGUGAUCCAUCUGGCUCCUCCAAGUGAGUACCCUGGGGCUGGCUCCUCCAGCGUCUUCUCUGUUCUGAGCAGCAGGGCUGUGGUAAAACGGGAACUCCUGAAGGAUGUGGUGGGGGGCUGCCAUUAUCGAGUCAACAAUGACUUGGACAAAAAGUACAUACCACAGCCUGUGAACGUGAUCAUCUGUUCUGCAAAGGAGAAGGUUGGUGAGGAGAUGGUGUAUAAUAUUCUGGACAGAAACUGUGAGCACUUUGUCACUGACCUGAGAUAUGGCAAGGCUAAGAGCGAGCAGGUGGAAAACGUCCUGAUCGGAGCAGGGGUGGCCCUGGGAAUCGGAAUUCUGGGUGUCGUCGGAUAUUCUCUUUGGAAGAAACGCUCCCAAAACCAGUGAGAGCCUGCAGGAGCCACAGAUUCCUGGGUAGAAGCAGCUGUGGAGGCCAGCAGAGACGGCCCCCCACAGCCCGCUGUCUACCAGCCCUCGCGCUACAGUGACCUGCAACUCUCCCUCACUUUCCCAUCCUCACUGGCUGAAGAACGUGCCGAGCGUACCAAUUGAACCAUCAAUAAAUGUAUCUACAGAAAGGACUUCCCCUGGGUGUUUGUAGAUUUCUGGAUCAGAAAGGAGGAACAUUAAUUCAGCAUUAAUUGGAUACUUUCCAACAACCUUUAGCUGUGCAACCCUGGGAAAGGCUCUUGCCUCUCAGAGCCUCAGUUUCGUCCUCUCUGAGUGGGGGUAAUGAACCACUUCACAGGGAUGUCAUGAGGGUCGCUAAGAUGAUAUGUGAACAUGGGGAUGCAUGUAUCUUUUCAAACUAGUGUUUUUGUUUUCUUCAGAUAAAUAACCCCCGCCCCCAGAAGUGGAAU